GCCUGUCGCAGGCCAUCUAUCGCCCGCAUGCAAACCGUCUCGUUCAGCAAUCCCUGCGGCGGGUAUUGCAUCAUCGCACGCCAGCACCAGGGCCAACACCUGGAACGCCACCAACCCAAUCCUUCCACCAUGGACCCCACCCCAAGACUGCGUGCCCUCUUUUUCUCGCCCACUUGAGCCGCCGCGUGCUUGCGAAUACGAGCACCAAAACUAGGCUGCUGUGCGCGUGGGGCUCGCGCGUGCCCACGGCUUCUGCUUAAAAGACGCACCAGCCCACCGACUGCUGGCCUCUGCCAGGUUAAGCCGCACGCCUCUGGAAAUACUGUAUCGCAAUAGCAUCAAGUCUGCCAACAUGGCAGAGACACAGGAAGCCACGGCGCAAGAGCAGGAGAAGAAGGAUUUGGGAUCCCGGUUACCUGUCACCAUAUCGGCCGAGAUCAACGCGGGCACAAGGAGUCACCACACGGCCCUCAACCGCCUCAUAACGUCGCGUCUCCCCCUCGCCCUUCCUCCACAUACCUCUGACUCGUCCCUCUACACCACGGGCAUGCUCCACUUCGCGCACAUCUUCCUGACUUUCGAGUCGCUACGGGCCGACCUAGUGCGCGAUACUCCCACACCGACCGACGAUGGAGCGCCAACCUCGCCGCUGUUAUCAUACCUCCUGGUCAACCCCUACGACUCGCCCUCUCUCUUCACCUCUACACUCGGCGCACCCACACCGCCUUCGCCACAACUCGCUGCCUUUUUGCAAACUCUACGGCCGAAGGGUUUGAUCCGCUCAGGACGGCUGAAGAAGGAUUUGGAGUACCUGCUCGGCCUGCACGCUACGGACCUGGAAGUCCUGCUAGCCAAAUACCCCGGCGACAAGGUUGCCGAGUUCUGCACACAUAUCCGGAAGAGCGUGAAUGAGAAGCCGUGGACGCUCUUGAGCUAUUCGUGGUGCUUCUACAUGGCCGUUUUCUCGGGUGGACGGUGGAUAAGGGGACAGCUGUUGAAGACGCCGCCAGAGUUCUGGCCGGGUGGUGACGAGAAGGGACAGAGCAUAAGCCUCGAAGACAAGGGGCUGUCUUUCUGGCACUUCACUGGGCCUCAGGACGGCGAGGACAUCAAAGCGGAGUUCAAGGAAAGACUUGCUGCUGCCGACGGACUUCUGACGCCGGAUGAACGGGUCGACAUCAUCGAGGAAGCGAAGAGUAUCUUCCAGCUUUGUGCAAGCCUGGUAGACGAGCUGGAUGGCAUGCUCAAGACGGACUUUGCCAAAGUCAAGCACCAGGGAGAGACUGCGAGCGAGAAACAGCCCAACCAGAAGACAGCCACGCAUGGCAGCGCAAGAGCAGCCCAGCUGGCCAAAUCAAGUGACGCCGUCACCAAAUUCCUUCAAAGGCCGCAUGUCACAGGCACCCUGGUGGCUUUGGGCUGUCUGGCAUGCUACGCCCUGGUCACGUUACAGUAAGCCGAGCUGCGACGCGCGGGUUUAGUGUGCCGUAUACGCAUAUAUUUCUCUGUCUCUUUUUCUAUUUUUUUUGGCGUCAUUGCAAUGGUAUCAUUGUCGUUGUUGCUGCGUUCUAGUGCAUGGCGAAGCGGAGAACGAUACCCUCAGAUUACAACAUAGAGCGCAUUCUUAAUCGACUCGUCCUCUCAAGCACAUCUAUUUUAUUUUUCAUCUUAUUUUGGGAUUCUCGUGAAUGACGUGCAGCGAGCCUUUUCAAGCUAAUAUGCACACUUUCAAUUUCUUGUUCUACCUUCGAUGAUCUACCAGUUGGGGAGUCUGGGGUAAAUCUACCG